GUUUCUAUCCUGUCUGUUCUGUAAGCUGUUUUUAAAGGAUAGGAAUGAAAAAAGCUGUUUUAGUAUGAAGGGGGGAGAAAAAGGCUGAGAAAGCAAGUUCAAUAAGUGAUGAUUUGGAUACAAACCCAGAGGCAUUCAUGGCGCUGGAUUAGCAGAAUGCUCCACUCCUGACUCAGGAGAUGCAGAAUAUAGACAAGGUACUGACAGUGACAAGCAGCCAUUCCGUCCGUAUCAGGUGAUUUACUGGCUUUUGACCAGAAUUCUAGUCCAUGGCAAGAAACUCAGCUGAUUAACCAUCUCGAUGCUUGGAAAACUGCUUCUCUGGGUGGAAUGAGAUGUCAUGGAGAAGUAACAUACUGCUGUCUGCUCUCUUAACUUAAUGGGAGAAGGAGUUAAGUGGAAACUUUUAAAGGGAAAUAGAUUUUUUUCCAGACUGAAGCUGAGAACUUGGCAAAAUAACCCACAAAAUGUCUCCUGACUCAAAAAAACUUUUCAACGUACUUAUUUUGGGAAUCUCAUUCAUGUUUAUAUUCACUGCUUUCCAAACAUGUGGAAAUAUUGCGCAAACAGUUAUUACAAAUUUAAACAGCACAGAUUUUCAUGGCAGCGGCUACACAAGUAUGUCCGUUAUUUAUGGAGUUUUCUCAGCAUCAAACCUUAUUUCACCUUCAGUGGUUGCACUAGUAGGACCUCAACUCUCCAUGUUUAUUAGUGGCAUAUUUUAUAGUUUAUACAUUGCAGUUUUUAUCCAACCUUCUACGUGGAGUUUCUAUACUGCUUCUGUUUUUAUUGGCAUUGCAGCUGCAGUGCUAUGGACGGCACAGGGAAAUUGCUUGACUGUAAAUUCUGAUGAAAACACCAUUGGAAGGAACAGCGGAGUAUUUUGGGCACUCUUGCAGUCCAGCUUGUUUUUUGGAAACCUGUAUAUAUACUUUGCUUGGCAAGGAAAAACUUACAUAUCAGAGAGCGAUCGCAGAACUGUCUUCAUUGCCCUGACUGUUAUCAGUCUUGUGGGCACAGUUCUGUUCUUUCUGAUUAGGAAACAAGAGGACACAAAAGCUCCAGGGGAGGAAGAUUCUGCUAAUGAAAUCCACGGGGGCAGCUCGUCUGCACGAAACAAGCUGAUGAGAGCAGUGGAUGCCUUCAAGAGAUCUAUAAAGCUGAGCUUCACGAAAGAGAUUCUGCUCCUCAGUGUUACAACAGCCUACACAGGGUUGGAGUUAACGUUCUUUUCUGGAGUGUAUGGAACAUGCAUCGGUGCUGUGAAUAGGUUUGGCAGAGAAGAGAAAAGCCUCAUUGGUCUCUCUGGGAUUUUUAUUGGUGUUGGGGAAAUUUUAGGUGGAGGAAUCUUUGGUUUACUGAGCAAGAAGAAUCGCUUUGGCAGGAACCCCAUUGUGAUGCUAGGCAUCGUUGUCCACUUCAUUGCCUUUUAUUUAAUUUUUGUCAACAUGCCAAGCAAUGCCCCUGUUGCUCCUAUGGAAGGAACAGAUGAUAUUGCUUAUAUGAUUCCAAGCAAAGAGGUGGCCAUAUUCUGCAGCUUUCUGUUGGGCCUGGGAGACAGCUGCUUCAAUACCCAGCUGCUCAGCAUUUUAGGAUUCCUGUAUUCUGAAGACAGUGCUCCUGCCUUUGCCAUCUUUAAGUUUGUUCAGUCCAUCUGUGCAGCCGUUGCAUUUUUCUACAGCAACUACUUCCUUCUGCAGUGGCAGCUCCUGAUCAUGGUGGUUGUUGGUUUCUUUGGGACAAUCACCUUCUUUGCAGUGGAGUGGAAGGCAGCAGCAUUGCUUGCCCGUGGCUCUGACUACAGCAGCAUUUGAUCUCAGUUUCCCACACCUAUAAGGAAGAGCACAGGCACGUUUAUUGACAAGUGAUGCAAGAAGGUGGAAGGAUCAAGCUGAAGAGAUUCCGACGGAGGAAGCUACUAAUAAAUCACCAGUCCUCAAACUGAACAUGAAAUACAGGAAGAGAAAAUGCUGAGACUGAAAGGCUUUUUCCUUGCUUUAAUCAGCUGAGUGUGGUGUGUGUCUUAAAAAUCCUGUGUUAGAAAUGGAAGGAAAUCGAGAUCAAUGUAUUGAACAGUUUUGUUCUGAGCCACAUCUGAAUGUGUAAUGGCCUAAUUUCACUGUCAUCCACUACAGAAUUAGUUUUUUCUUUCUCUCCCCAAAUUAUUUUACCUGUAUCCUAGUUCUGCAGACACUCAAAUUCUCCCACUGAAUGACCAAUGCUUUUGUGAUGUAUUGCAGAACGCAUCUGUAAAGCUGAGCAAUCAAUUCACAAGCAUUGAUGUUUUUUUUAACAAUUAGAUAUGCAGGAACAUUUCUGCAGGAAAUGUCACCUUAUUCUUUUACCUGGAAGUUCUCAAAUCCUUGUGUAGAACAGUUUGCUUUACUCAGGAGGUACCUUGCUGUACCUCCAGGACACAAAACCAGCCUUUCAUCCAGCGUCUCCCAGAGUAGAGCUGCAGUGGGGCAG